CGACGGCUUAUGUUGACAUGUGAAACUUUUCAGUUUGAGAUUUAUAUGCCAUCCAUGUUCUUUGCCAAAGUUCACACCAAGAAAUAAGUGAAGGAGAAGUUAAUUAACUUUCUUGUUCUUAUUCUGUCAUCACCAGUGAAUAUUUUGGGUAGUUCAGGGAACUAACAAAUGGCUUCAGGCUCAGGAGAUGGAUCGUCAAACAGCUCAGAUAUCCCCAGAGGACUCAUCAACAGGAUGGGAAAUCCUGUUGGACGAGGCUCAAGGUUGCCGUCUGUGCGGGGCCACCGAGACUUGACCCUGGGAGGUAUACAGAGGAAAGUUUUCACACCGAACUUAGCUGCUGUCAAAAAGGCUGCCAGCAAGGAUGAGCCUUCGAAGCAAGCCUCCGCUCCCAGCUCUUCAAAGUCGGACCAGACCGACUCGAGGGGAAAGGGCAGAGGUCGGGGCAGGUCUGACCGAGGCCGUGGGCGGGGCAGAGGUCGUGGAGAGGACAGGACCAUCCAGCUGCAGUCAGAGUUCGCCUACGGCCCGAUGGGUGGCCAGUCUUCUGGGUGGAGCAGAGGUAGUGGAGGUGGUGGGGGAGGCGGGGGAGGGGCUGGCGGGUCGCGGCAAAGGGAUGCUGAGGCCGCGUCCUUCAAGAUGAGUCUGAAGCAGAGCACGAGCUCAGAGGAUGACAAGAAGAUACUGGAGGCCUUGAUGAGAGACGACUUUGUUUCGGACAUUUCAAGCGGAGAUCCUCACAUGAGGCCGGUCAAACUGCCGUUGAACUGCAACAUUCCCUCUGUACCUUCUGUAAAGGAUGAAAUCAAAGCUGAGCCGAAAGAGGAGGGUAUGGACAUAGACAUACCAGACGGUGUGAAGGAAGAGACCGUAGGGGGUCCCUCUCAACAUGUCAACCCGGCACAACGCAAGGUCAAAUCCGAGGAAAUCCCGACUGUGAUGAGUGUCCUGGACAGUGCCCCCAACUCUGAAAAAGGCGAGCUUGUGUUUAUCCAGUUCCCAGACACACUCCCUGGAAUCCCCGUGUUGUCUGACGACCGGCCCAAGACGUCCACCGGCACUAGCAAAGAGGAUGAGCUGUCCCAGCGACUAGGCCUGUGCCAGCUCAAGGACUGCAGCGAGGGUUACGUCGGGAAAUUGAGGAUCCGCAAGUCGGGCAAGGCCGAGCUGGUUCUGGAGCAUAACACCAUGGAGGUUUUGGCUGGGCUCCCCGCGAACUUCCACCAGGAGCUGGUCUCCAUCCACACAGAUUCGAACCCGGGCCAGAUGGUGGCGCUGGGUCAGGUGAGCCAAAAGCUCAUCGUUGCUCCGGAUUACAACUCCUUGUUACAGGAGACGGAGCGCUUUUGACAGAGAUGUUGUUAUGUGUGUAUGUGCGUGUGUGUGAUUGGGCGCUUCUGACUGGGAUGUUGUUGUGUGUGUGUGUGUGUGUGGAGCGCUUCUGAGUGUCAUGUUGUUGAAUUGUGUGUGUUGCUGAAGAAAGUUUGCGAGUGUGUGCGUCCAUGCAAUAGGCUUCGCUCCCAAUGAUUCCUGUCUGCCAUGUGGCACAAGUCCUGACGACCUGCAGCACACAGUGUAUGAGUGCCCGCACGGGGAUGCACAUUGAGGCCCGCUCAUGGAGAGCAACGCGAGACCAGACGUGGAUGUACUCUGGACGAGGCCUGCACGAGGUUGCCUCUUAUCUGUCUGUUUGUAGCAGACUGCGGCCCUCCUAACGGAGGCCAGCCAGAGGAAGGAAGGAAGGAAGGAGUGUAUGUGUGUGAUUGGUGGGCGCUCUGGUGUGGUUUGCUCCUUCUUUCCUAUCAAACAUCUAUGGUCCUUAUCUCUCCUCCUUUUCUUUGUUCCGUAUGUUAUAAAGCCCACUGAUCACUUUUAGUGGAAGUGCUCCAUGUAAGUGAAAUUUGUUAUUAUUUAUUAUUAUUAUUGUCUAGUAACACCUCUGAUCUUUGACAUCACCUAUGUGACCUAUCUGUGUUGCAAGUGCUGUAAAACUGUGAAACUGUAAAACUAUGAAACUGUAAAACUGUGAAACUGUAAAACUGUGAAACUGUAAAACUCCUACCAAAACUUUGACAGUCAUGUUGUCGAAAAAAUGUGUGGCUGAAGAAAGUUUGAGAAUGUGUGCAUGUUUGUGAGCGUGAGAGUUGAUUGUAAUUUUAUACCUGCGUGUUGGUAUAUAUAUAAUAUAUAUAUAUAUAUAUAUAUGCAGUGUCCGGUGUUUUAGUUUUAACAUCUAACUCAAAAUAUUCCACAGGAAUUUGAGUGAUUUAAGUGGUCUAGUCCUUUUGAUUUUCCAGUAAUAAAAGUAUCUGUGCCAUUGAUAUAUAUGGCUUACUCUCAGAGGUGGACAUUAGAGAGCAGGUCUUGGGCCACAGGGUGAACUGUUGCCGUUUCUAUCUCCCAUUUGCCAGUUGUAGGUUUUACUUCUUGUGUCAUGUAGUGACUCACACACGCCAUCUCUGACUGGUUAUAAUAGUGGUUAAGCUCUCAGACUCGCGAUCGUAAGGUCGUUGGUUUGUAUCCCAUCAGGGGCCCCAUGUUGUAUCCUUGGGAAAGACACUUUACACAAAUUUUCCUCUCUUUACCCAGGUGGG